GACACACAAACACAAUCACACCCUCUACCACUGAUUCACCUUUUUCCUCGACGCGCAUAAUAUCUCUCUCUUAUAUGUAAAGACAAAACCAAAACCGUGGAUCUGUCUCCUCAACCCACCAUUUCCAUUACCAUUCCCAUCUCUUCAUUCUCUCUCUGUGGAUGCUUCACCCUUCGUAGAUCUACCCGAAACCCACUUCUAAAAACGCCGAAAUUUGAAAGCUUUCUGAUCCGAUCAACCCAAUUCCCUCUCUUUCUCUCUCUCAAGAGACACCCAGAUUUUGUUUCUCUCUCUAGAAUGUCCUCACAGCGCGCAGAUCUAGCGUGCAGGAUCUACCCAGAACCCGACGCAUCCGAAAUGGACCACUUCGAUCGGUUACCGGACUCGCUUCUCCUCCUCGUCUUCAACAGGAUCGGCGACGUCAAAGCCCUAGGUCGAUGCUGCGUCGUUUCGCGCCGCUUCCAUUCCCUCGUCCCUCAGGUCGAAAACGUCGUCGUCCGCGUUGACUGCGUCAUCUCCGACGAUGAUUCCUCUUCCUCCGCCGCCGCCUCCGACAAAUCCCGCGGCCCCUUCUGGAACCUUCUCCGCCUCGUCUUCGGCGGCAUCGUCAAGCCCAUUCAAACCCUCGGCCAGUUCUUGGGCCCAAAGAGACCCACCUCCGCCGCCACCACCACCUCCUCCUCCUCCCCCUCCUCCUCCCUCGCCGUGGGCACCGACGAAGAUGGCGACGCCGGCGUGACCCACCACUCCCCUACCCAAGUCCUGAAAAACUUCAACGAGAUUCGGCUCCUUCGGAUCGAGCUUCCCAGCGGCGAAUUAGGGAUCGAAGACGGUGUUCUCUUGAAAUGGAGAGCAGAUUUUGGAUCAACCUUGGACAAUUGCGUUAUUCUCGGUGCUUCCUCUGCUUUACCCUCGAAGUCUCAAGACCCAAUUCAGGACCCUAACGGUAACGGUAACGACGACAACGGAAGCAUACCGGACUCGUUCUACACCAACGGCGGGCUGAAACUCCGUGUGGUGUGGACAAUUAGUUCAUUGAUCGCUGCAUCAGCGAGACAUUACCUUCUUCAACCGAUAAUUUCGGAGCACAAAACAUUGGAUAAUUUGGUGUUGACGGAUGCAGAUGGACAAGGGGUAUUAUACAUGAACAGGGAACAGCUUGAGGAGCUAAGAGUGAAGCCUCUUUCUGCUUCUUCUGCCUCUAAGAGGACUCUUGUUCCUGCUCUUAACAUGAGGCUUUGGUAUGCUCCUCAUUUGGAGAUGCCUGAUGGAGUUGUUUUGAAGGGUGCUACUCUUGUUGCUAUUAGACCCACUGAACAGUCUCCUAAGAAGGAGCCUUCUGAUUUGUCUUGGGUUUCUACUGCUUUUGAAGAGCCUUAUAGAACUGCUGCUAAAAUGCUUGUUAAGAGGAGGACUUAUUGCCUUGAGAUGAACUCCUUCUGAUUCAUUUCUCCUGUUAAGAUUUCAGGGAAUGCAGAAUCAUUUGAAGAGGGGGGAACGAUAAGUUCCUCGUAGGAAACACAAAUUUUCAAAGGGUACAUGAAGUGGAAGCAGCUCUGUCUGUGAACUGAAUCAUGCUCCUUCUGGGUUCAGAAACUGUGGCCCACAUUUGAGUAGUUUCUAAAAAGAGCUGCAAAUGAUUCAGAUAUCUUGGUUGAACUGAAAACAGAAUGCAUCUGCUGGUUUUUUAAAUUUGAGGCAAUGCUUGUAAGAGUGCACACCCGCAACUAGGAUGAGAUAUGAUGGUGAUCAUGUAAGAGCUUUAAGUUUGUAGUCAUAUAUGCCUUUUUUUCAGGUAUCCCUCUGUGAAUAUUCUAGGUAUCAGUUUGGUUUGCCUUGUGAUAUAUUCUUCUCAAGUUAAAUGAGCAAUGUACUCUGCAAUGUAAUGUUAAAUAACUUGUGGAUGAGUCAAUCAUGCCAAAUGCAAUACUUGUUCCUGCAUUUACUUUUUUUUGUGGAUUCAAGUUCAGGGUUUUGGUAGGCCUCAAGUGAGUCAAAUUAGCUUGCAAGUUACUUCUCAGUGAACUUGUAAACACUUCAAUUCAAUAAUAAAGCUUGAGUCUAGCUGAGGAACUGUGCCUGACCAGAAAAUCUUCGUUUGUUUAUAAAAUGAGAUCAAACUAUUCGGGG